UGCUGACGUGCUGUUGCCGGCAGUGAUCGCGGUAAAAUCGAAGUAGUGAUCGGCGGGUCCGGGCGGCAGUCAUGCCCAUCCGCGCCCAGUGCACCAUCUGCUCCGACUUCCUGGACCAGCACAGCGAUGUGGCGGCCAUCCACUGCGGACACACCUUCCACCACCUCUGCCUGGAGCAAUGGUUCACCUCAGCCCCGAGUCGGACGUGUCCUCAGUGCCGCAUCCAGGUCAGUAAGCGGCAGAUCAUACAGAAGCUUUUCUUCGAUGUCGGUUUGGAGGAAGACACGACCCUCGACCCCGAGUCAUUGAAGAAUGAAGUGGAUAAAAUAAAGGCGAAUCUACACGAGAAAGAGAAGGAGAAGCGGAAAUGCCAGGAUCUGGUGGAUUCCCUGCGGGAGAUGCUGGAGAUCCGGAACGUCACCAUAGAAGCUCUCCAGAGGAAGGUGGAGGAGCUGGAGAUGCUGAGCUCCUCGCUGAAGCGGCAGAUGAAAUUCUUUGAUCUUCAGCAAUCGGAGACUAAAGCGGCAAAGGACGAGGCGCGGCGGCUGCGGAAUAAGCUGCAGCAGCUGGAGAGCAUCGAGGUUCUGCUGCAGUCUCAGCGGCCGGAAGUGGAAGCCAUGAUCAGAGACAUGGGCUCCGGAGCGGCUGCUGUGGAGCAACUGGCCGUAUACUGCGUCUCAUUAAAGAAGGAGUACGAUAAGCUGAAGGAAGCGCGGAAAUCCUUUACAGAAAUGAUGGAAAAGCUGAAAAAGGAAUUGUUCUCUUCUAGCAGCAAGGCCCAGAAAGCAGAGCUGGAGCGGGCGAGGACCCGGGACGAGCUCAUCGCCUCGCAGAAAGAGCUGGAGAACGCAGACCGGGAGAUCAUGAGUCUGAAGAAGAAAGUGGAGUUCCUGCAGAAGACGCUGAGCACGCCGACCGCCACCAAUGAAGCCAUCAGUCGGCUGAUAUACGAGAGUCCUGCACCCAUCGGUUUGCAGAGGCCAAAGCUCCGUCCUCCGAUGCUGGGAGAUGAUAUUAACCUGGACCUGAGUUUUGACAUCCGCACCCCGGAGCAGUGCACCCAGAAAAACGCCGUAGCUCCUUGUAAGAAGAUAAAGCUGGACAAGAGCGAGCCUCCUGGGAGCCCCCUGCAGGACUCUAAAGGGUUAACGGUAAGAGGCCGCGCCGGGGGUCAUGCUGUGAAGGUUGCUGCCGUCUGUAAUGACGUCUCUUCUCCUCAGAACUUUGCAGGAAAGGUAAGUUCAGCGACGGAUGAGGAGGAGGAUCUGCAGCUGCCGUCAUUUAUAAAGAACUCGCUGCUGCACAAGAAACCGAUCAGGAGCCUGGCGAGUUCCUGGCCGAACACGGGAGUGGUCCGGACGGGAUUCGAUGGAUUGGGUGGACGCACAAAGUUUAUACAGACCAGCAGUGUUGCUGAAAUCCGCCCUCUGCCGCCCAAGAUUAAAAGGAAGAAGGUGUCCAGGCCCGCCGCUCCCAGCGCCGCCACCUCCCAUCAGCCGCGACUCGAAGACUUCUUAAAGUAAAUGUCUAUUACUCAGGACCCCGGACCAGUGGAGGAACCCCAACCCCACAGUGUUAUUUAUAGAAGUCUCCCUGACGUUAGGGGGGGGUCCCUGUUUGCCGUGAUGUGUCUGACAUCUUGAGGACGAUUCCAGGACUUGUGUGUAGGUUCCUCCCCCGUUGUAUAUGUGACUGGAUGUCUCCGCUCUGACGUCCUUGUACACUCCUCGUGGGCCGGCUCAUGUAGAGGAGACUCCGCUUUCUUCCUUGCCGUGGCGGCUGUGCCCUUGGUUCUUCUUUUUAAUGUCUGUCGAUGACCACGUGGAGUCUUGUGUCGUAUUUUCAAAUAAAUAAAUUGUGGGA